AACACGAUCUCAGUUGUCUGCAGUACGAUUCUCUAUUCCGAUCCCCCCUCUCCGCUCUUCUCGUGUUUCUCGUGUGCGCGCUUACGAUUUGAAUCAAGAAUAGAUAUCAUUCCGGCAAUUGCCGUUAUCAAAUUAGACGAGAGAAUCUUUUUUUGGACCCGGCAAAGUGACAAUUAAUGCCAGUCGUACAUAAAACGUGACACGAAAAGCUGUGAUUUCAACUUGAUUUACUGUUGUAGAACGACGAGUCAUACAGCACCCAAAAAACCAGUGUAAAUAGUUAUAGCAAAAAAGUUUAAAAAAAAUACACAAUAAGGUGAAACGAAAUCAAAAGUCAGCAUGUAUGCAGCAAAAAACGUCCGCCCGCGCAGCAGUCUCUCCGCAGACGAUAACCACCGGAUCAAGGACACCAAUCGGCCGCACAAGGCCCCCAGCAACACGAUCCUGACCCUGGCGGCCUUCUGCGUCUUCCUGCUCGUCCUCUGCGGCUUCCUGCUGGGCGCCCUCGUCUACGUGGGCAAGAACAUAGCCGAGGAACACCAGCGGCAGCAGCAGCAGCAGCCCUCGAACGCCUCCCAGUGGGCCCUCAACUCCACCAUACGCACCGUGUACGUGGAUCGGGACCAGUUGCUCUCCACGAAGCCCAUUCUGAGCGUACUCUCAGAUAAUCGCGUUCACACCACACAAGUGCCUGCCAGCAGAAAAUCGAGUAUUAUGGCCACCCUGGCGCCCGCCAUCAAAGCCGCGAGCAAGGUGCUCGAGAAACUGGGAUUCCGGCUGCCCAAGCAGAUAAAGCCCAGCAAGUACCGCCUCCACCUGCGCCCCGAUCUCGACCGGAAGAACUUCUCCGGCAACAUCAGCAUCAGCCUGCAGGUCCUGGAGCCCAUCGCCUUCAUUCCGGUGCACGUGAAGCAGCUGAACGUGAGCACCGUGGCGGUGCAGCACCUGGACGACUCGGGGUCGCCGCUCAACGAGAUCACCCCCUCGCUGACCUUUGCCCACCCGGAUUUCGAGUACUGGGUGACCGAGUUCGAGCAGCCCCUCGCGGUGGGUAACUACUCGCUGCGCCUCAGCUUCAACGGAUCGCUGACGGACCGCAUCACGGGCAUGUACCAGAGCUCCUACUUGGACAAGCUGAAGAACCGCUCCAGAUCGAUUGUGAGCACCAAGUUCGAGCCCACCUACGCCCGAUUGGCCUUCCCCUGCUUCGAUGAGCCCGCUCUGAAGGCCCAGUUCACCAUCACGGUGGCUCGUCCCAGUGGCGAUGAGUACCACGUGCUGUCCAACAUGCCGGUGGCCAGUGAGUACGUCGAUGGCGAUCUCACCGAGGUGACCUUCGCGGAGACCCUGCCCAUGAGCACAUACCUGGCCGCCUUUGUAGUGUCUGAUUUUGCGUACAAGACCACCACGGUGGCGGGUACCAGCAUUGAGUUGAGGGUAUAUGCUCCGCCUGCACAGGUCGAGAAAACGCAGUACGCUUUGGAGACUGGAGCCGGAGUGACGGCCUACUACAUCGACUACUUCAACAUCUCGUACCCGCUGCCCAAACUGGACAUGGUGGCCAUACCCGAUUUCGUGUCCGGUGCCAUGGAGAACUGGGGAUUGGUCACCUUCCGGGAGACGGCGCUCCUGUACGACGAGUCCACCAGUUCCAGCGUCAAUAAGCAGCGCGUGGCCAUCGUGGUGGCGCACGAGCUGGCGCACCAGUGGUUCGGCAACCUGGUGACCAUGAACUGGUGGAGCGACCUGUGGCUGAACGAGGGAUUCGCCUCCUUUGUGGAGUACAAGGGUGUGAAGCACAUGCACCCGGAAUGGGACAUGGACAACCAGUUUGUGAUUGAGGAGCUGCAUCCGGUGCUGACCAUCGAUGCCACCCUGGCCUCCCAUCCGAUUGUCAAGUCGAUUGAGAGCCCUGCCGAGAUCACCGAGUACUUCGAUACCAUCACCUACUCCAAGGGAGCCGCCUUGGUUCGCAUGCUGGAGAACCUGGUGGGCGAGCCCAAGCUGAAGAAUGCCACCACUCGCUAUUUGGUGCGUCACAUCUACAGCACUGCCACCACCGAGGAUUACCUCACUGCCGUCGAGGAGGAGGAAGGACUCGACUUUGAUGUGAAACAGAUCAUGCAAACCUGGACGGAGCAGAUGGGUCUUCCUGUGGUGGAGGUAGUGAAAAGUGGAAACACCUACAAGCUCACUCAAAAGCGCUUCCUGGCCAAUGAGGAUGACUACGCAGCGGAGGCUGAACCAUCGUCAUUCAACUACCGUUGGUCGAUUCCCAUCACCUACACAAGCAGCCUCAGCAGCGAGGUCCAGUCCACGAUCUUCAACCACAACGACAACGAGGCCAGCAUCACGCUCUCGGGCGAUGCCAGCUGGAUCAAGUUCAACAAGGAUCAGGUGGGCUACUACCGGGUCAACUAUGCGGACGAGCAGUGGGCAGCGCUGACCACUGCGCUCAAGGCGUCCCGGGAAACCUUCAGCACCGCCGAUCGUGCUCAUCUGCUGAACGAUGCCAACACUUUGGCCGCUGCCGGACAGCUGAACUACGCCGUGGCUCUCGAUCUGAGCACUUACCUGGAGAGCGAGAAGGACUACGUGCCCUGGAGCGUCGGCACCUCCUCUUUGGCAACUCUGAGGAACCGCGUCCACUACACGGAUCUGUACAGCAACUUUACCACCUACGCCCGUAAACUGCUUACGCCAAUUGUGGAGAGCGUAACCUUUACCGUCGGCACUGAUCAUCUGCAAAAUCGCCUCCGCAUCAAGGUGCUGAGCUCCGCCUGCAGUUUGGGACACGAGAGCUCUCUGCAGCAGGCUGUCACGCUGUUCAACCAGUGGCUGGCCAGUCCGGAGACAAGACCCAGUCCGGAUAUCCGGGACGUGGUCUACUACUACGGCCUGCAGCAGGUGAACACGGAGGCUGCGUGGGAUCAGGUGUGGAAGCUGUACGUGGACGAGGCCGAUGCCCAGGAGAAGCUGAAGCUGAUGAACAGCCUGGCCGCCGUGCAGGUGCCGUGGCUGCUGCAACGGUACAUCAACUGGGCCUGGGACGAGAGCAAUGUGCGCCGCCAGGACUACUUCACGCUGCUGGGCUACAUCUCCUCCAACCCGGUGGGUCAGAGCCUGGUGUGGGACUACGUGCGCGAGAACUGGGAGCAGCUGGUGGAGCGUUUCGGCAUCAACGAGCGCACUCUGGGCCGACUGAUACCCACGAUCACGGCCCGCUUCUCCACGCAGACGAAGCUGGAGGAGAUGCAGCAGUUCUUCGCCAAGUAUCCCGAGGCGGGAGCCGGAACUGCGGCCCGCCAACAGGCGCUGGAAACGGUGAAGGCCAACAUCAAGUGGCUAUCGGUGAACAAGGCCCAGGUGGGCGAGUGGUUGGCCAACUAUGUCCAACAGUCCGCCGUCACCAAUCGCAUUCAAUGAGUCGACCACUCGGCCAUUUGCACCCUGUAAAAUACCAAUAAUGUAAAAACUACCAAUGGAAUUGAACAUAGUCUUAGCUAACUAGUGCAGCAAUUGCAUUUCAAAUGUGAACGAAGAAUUGUGAAUGCUUAUGAUAUUUUUGAAGAAAAUACAAGACAACAAAUUUA